ACAUGUGCAGGAGGAAGAAGACAAACGAAAUCAUUUAAUAAUGAAAGUGUAGGAAGUAGAAAUUUGUUACUACUGAUGUGGGCUGUGUUUCUGAGUACAAUUAAUGCAAACCCUUCAGUGCGCAAACACGUAACAAUGCUCUUUGUGCUUUUUUUGUACAUGUGAAAGUCUCUGAAUGACCAUGUGGAAAGCAGAUUUGUCCUCAGAUUUUUAAAACAAAGCAGAUUUUUAGUUUAAUUUAAUCCGUUAUCCAUUUUAUUUUAAUUUGUCAAACUGUAAUUGUAUCUCUAUAUUACAUCCAUCACCAGCAUACUGUCUGCUCUCCAUCUUUUUGUUUUUUAAGGUAAUGUAUUAAACUACAAGAGUAAUAUGUACUGACUCAAAAUGUUAUCCAGAACGGUAACAUCAAAUUUCCUGCAAUUAUGUUAAAGCCAAGCAAAAUCUGUAAAGUUGUGCUGUUUUGCAGUUGCAUGGGACACUGAACUGAACUGCGCAUGCUGCUCACUCAUCAAUCACAUGUGUGGGUGUAUAUGUUCAGGGGCAAAAAGGGAGUAGAAGAGAAAGAUAAAGAAGGAAAGAAAGAAGAACAGGCCUGGGAGAAAAGCAGAUGGGUCAAGAGCUUAGAUUGCUUGCAGAUGGCUGUCAGAAUAGAGCCGAGGUCCUCCUGUUAGAGCUCAGGCUGUGUUUCAAGCCGUGUGUCUGGGUGUUCACUUUUAUAUGCAAGCAUUUCUAUGCUGAGUUAAGUUUGGUUUAAAUUUAGUGCAUUAAUAAUGAAGUUGUAUUUCUGUGUAUACGUAAAUUCUUUCUUUCUGCAUAUUUUCUGUGCAGUGUUUGCUUGUAUGUGUAGACUUUACUGGCCUGCAUGAGGUGUUCAAAAGAGCAGCCUGGGGGUGGGGAGCUGCAGGUGCAAUAUCUGUCAAUAAGCUGGAUUUCGUUUUUAGCUACGAAAAAGAAGCCCAGCUGAUUUCACUCUAGAGGCUUCUGUAGUCUCAGAUGAUACAUUUACAAGCAGUAACUCAGUUCAGACUUUAAUGCAUCACAAUCCUUCCACUGUCCUAUAAAUCAGCAGUUACAUUCCACAUGAGCCAUCCAGCGGUGGAUGUUUUCAUCUAUACUUUACUAUAACUGUACAAAAUAAAAUAUUAUAGCCAACUAAUCUUGCCAUGAGUCUGUUUAAUCUAAGUGACUACUGUUUGCAGGUUUAGCUUUGACACUUUUAUGUAAAUAAAUAUUGCUUUAGGUCCUGUAUGUGACCAGAACAGAAUGAAUCAUCUUAUAUCCACCCAGGUCGUAAAAAAAUAGUUUCUGUGCUUGAAACAGAAAUACAAAAAGUCUCUACUGCCUCUUUGCAUAGAAGCAAUGAGGUUAACGUGAUCCCUUGUCAAAAGAUAAUUGUGAUUUCCAAUUUGAGCCAUUUAUAUUUGGCAGCAUGUUUCUGUUCUGGGACUCCCCCGCCCUUCUAUGUGCCUACAUAGGAAGCCAGUUGGAGAGAACAGCAAUACCCCUGCACAGAACAGGGCAUACACCAGUGACAACAGAUAUGACUGAUUAAGUCAGGCACAACAUGUAAAAGAGGUUUUGGGGUAUAGGGGGUUUCAAAGCUGCUUGCAGAUGUGCAACAACUGUGGCUAGACUAAAGCAGUUUAAAUGGGGUGCCUAGCAUGAGAUAUUGUCAGUCGCAUGUCUAGCUAAGAAAUCAGCUAUUUUUGGCUGGUAACAAGAUCAGAUGAUCUGCUGGGAUUGAAGUUGAGCUUGGCCUUUUUGCCCAGCCUUGAGGAGACUCAGUUCUUAGAGGUUCUGGAUGUUGAAGGGCUGUUUUGGUGACACAUCUCAGCAACAUCACAUGAAACUUGAGGACAAUGCCUCUGGACUGGCAGACCAGAGUGGUGGUAACCCUUUUUAAGAGGGGGCACCAGAACAUGUUCUCUAAUUUCAGAGGGUUCCCACAACGCAGCCACCCCAGCAAGGUCUAUGCCAAUGUACUGCAGAGGAAAAUCCAUCUCUUAGUAAAAGCUCAUAUUCAGGAGGAAACAUGGUGGUUUGCAAUACUGAACCAGCUCUUUACUCUCUCAGAGAGAAUGGAAGUUUGCCCAAUGAGUCUGCAUGUUUUUUGUGAACUUGGACAAGGCAUUCGACUGCAUCCGUUGGAACAUCCUUUGGGUGGUGUUCCGGGAGUAAAGGUUGACUGGCUAGUAGCUACAGUUCAUUCAGUCCCUGUAUAGUGGUAGCGAGAGCUUAGCUUGCAUGGCCUCUACUACAGCUCCCUUUAUCACCGAUUCCUUAUAACUUUAAUGGAUGGAAUUUCUAGGUGGAGCCAAGUGUUGGAGGAUCUCUGCUCUGGUAGCCAUCUGCAAACCACUUUUUUGCAGAUGAUGUGGUUCUCCUGGCCUCAUCAACCAGCGACCUUCAACUUGCACUAAGGUGGUUUGCCACUAAUUAUGUAGUGGCUAGGAUAUGAAUCAGGAUGUCCAAGUUUCAGACCAUUUUUCUUAUUCAGAAAAGGGUGGAGUGUUAACUCCAGGUCAUCGACAAGUGUGGGGAGAGUGAAGUGGGAGAAUGAUGGCAGAUUGGCGUAGUAUCUGUAGUGAGGCGGACACUAUUGACUUGAAAAGGGAGCUGAGGGUGAAGCUGUCAGUUUACUGGUCAGUCUAUGUUCCUGUCUUUAGGGCCAUGGCCAUGAGCUCUGGCUAGUAACCAAAAGAAUGAGAUUGCAAGUACAAGCACCAACAAUGAGCUUCCUCAUGAGUUAUUGGACUCUCCAUAAGAGACCUCUGUGAUUCAGGUUGGCUCACAGUGGUGCUGCUACAUCUCCACAUUGAAAAAGAAGCCAAGUAAAGCCUCCUGGAUGUUUCCAGGAUGCUUCAGGCGUUCUACUGCAAGGAGGCCCUGCGGCAACCCCAGGACACACUCGAUAGAUUAUAGCUUACAGAUUAUAGCAUACAGUUGAGUAAGACGAGGUGGCCUGGGAGAGGGAAGUCUAGUUGUCUCUGCUUUAACUAUCGCCGUGACCCAAACAUGGAUGAAUGAAUGGGUGGUUUUUCAGACCUAAAAUGAAGUAUUUGGCUAAAGUUUGGCCUUUCUCACAUUAAUGGAUUUUUAAGUGGUAGUAUUCGUUGUCAUAAAUCCUUUACCUUGGCAACACUAGUGGCAUGUUCUACCUGUUGAGGCAGGUCCACAAUAUUUCCUAAGAGCUUUUUCCACUGAAGUCAUGCUGUUCCUCUCUUUAGCUCAGAUAAAUGUCUCUGUUGUGAGGAGCUGAGCGACAGUUGUACUGAUGAAUUGGCUUUGCAAUUACGAGGCUCCAGAGGAGCGAAUGGUCCUCUCCCUCCUCUCUUCCCAGUCACUAAGGACACUGUCUGUGCCAUUAACAACACAAAGCUCUCCAGCCUCUCCCUGGACACCUUGGCCCCACUUCUGAUAAAGAGCUGAAAGCAGAUCCUGUCUAGCAGUGAAUCGCCUGGCCUCACCUGGGACUGACCAAUAAAGCCACUUGGCUCAAGAGCUGGGAAUCAUGGUAUACCUGUGCAUAAUGGCAGCAGGGGGGAAAUCACUUUGCUAAGACGAGAGAUACACUGGCUUGAGUUUACUUUCAGUUAGGUAAAAACAGCCCAUUGAAUGACUUCUGUAGCACAUUCCUGAAGCUAAUGAUGUAAAGAAGUAAUGCUUUCCUGUCAGUAUCCUCUCUGAUGACCUCUUUAACAUCAGUCUAGAAGCCAGAAAGUCAAGCUGAUGUCACUGUAAUUAAAACACAAGUGGUGUUGGCUCUGAGGGGGCAGGAGUUCUCUAAUGGCCCUGUAUCCCCAGUGCCAAGGCUGCUCAAUAAUGCCCUCUUUUCAUUCCUGCCAGACGUAGCCAGAACAAACAGGAGAAGAACACAGGAAAGCACUAAGGGAGACAAGAGGAAGAGAGGAGUUUGACAGAAAACAGAAAAAGCAUAAUUCUGUGUGCUAGACUGUCUCAUCUGUUUUUGUUACUCGUCUCGUCUACAAAACAGCACUGAAUUAUUUAUUUGCCUCUGCCAGGUGAAAUAAGUUUAUGAAUACCUCCAGUGAUGAGCUCAUUAGUUUCCUUCCUAAUCUCUGCUUAAAGACUAAAAAAAACAUAUUUAUAUGACCACAGGCUUAUUUUUAAUUAAAAGAUUAUAAUUAAUGUAGAUGGGAUAAAAAAAAAAAUCAUAUUGGUUUUACUUCUGUAAACAAAGUGAAAAUAAAUCCUUCAGGUUUUGAAACCACCUCCUAUCACAUUCCCAUCAUGUGAUUCACUCUGGAGUGACUUCAGUUUGCUGUCAAUCUGGCAAUACAUGACGUUCUGCAUGAUGUACAAACCAUCACAUUUAGAACUUGUUGAUUAGCCUGUUUGUUUUAAGUGUUAUAGCAAAAAUGAGCAAAUCCUCAUUCACAAAGCUCGUGCUAUUCUUGACAGCAGGUGAUGCAUACUGCAAACUAAGACCUCUGUAGUCACUCUCACUAGAUCCUCAACAUCCUUUAACUGUGUAUGACCCUGUGAGGUGUUUGUGAGCACUCAUACAUGCACAAGGCCAUGUGUUUGCACUUACUGUAAAAUGUGUUUACGUAUUUCUAAAUGGAAUUAAGCCUUUCGGGGGGAAAAAGAACUUUGUUAACCUUGCUCAACUUGUUUAACAGUGAAGCAUUCUUGUGUUUUGUUCAGGAGUUAUCUGAGCUUCCAGACCUAUGGCUUACCAGUUGACUGACUGUAAGAAGAGAUUACAGAGAAUAAAAUCAUUGGCCUUGGCUUCAUCUGUAAUGACGUUUCCACUGUCUUCAGAGGAUGGAUGCCACUCUUUUCAGGAAAUAUCUCCCAAGCCAACUAUGGUUGACCCCUCGGAGGCUGAGGAGCAGAAUAAGUGUAAAGGCCCGCAAUUCGACACGCCAGCUGUGGCCACCGAAGACUCUCGACUGCCAGAAAACACAGAUAGCACGACAACAGAGGAAGAUGGGGAUGCUGGUUUUGAGACGCCACCAACUGGCAGUUCAGAGCCAAGCCCCUGCCACACUGCAUCUCCAGCGGCUCCAGAGGUCACCUCUCAGGGCUCAGCACCUCAGCAACCACAGACUGAGACUGACAGAGAUGUGUCUCCAAAGCUGCACCUGGAUCUGUACAACUUUGACUCACCGGCCGCAGAGGGCAGCCGAUACGUUUUAACGAGCCCACGCUCUCUGGAGGCGUGUGCUCGAUGCGGGGUCAAGCCUGUGGAGCUGCUGCCUCGCCCGCUCUCUGACUUUGCCCGGGAGGCUCCUGGCCGCUCUAUGCGUGUUGCCACAGGCUUGUUUGAAGUCUUUGAGAGGGACAGGCAUGCCAAACUCAGGCAGUGCAGGGAAGAGAGGGAAAGGAUUGUUAGGGAGGAAAAACGAAGGAUUCUUCAGGCAGCGGUCAAUAGCAGCAAUGGAUCUUCUGUGGAUAAAAUGUCCUCUGGCCUCACCCAGUCUUCUAAGUCUGGGGCAGUGACCUCCAGUUCCACCCUCAAUGCUGGAACAUCUUCUGGAGCCACAGCAUCAGGUCAAGCCUCCAAAACAGGUGCAGCUCUUUUAUCCAAAGCACCUGCCUCCACUCUUAGUACCUCCCCUAAAUCUUUUCAUGCGGCACCAACCACAUCCUUAAAAUCUGGCUCCACAACCUCUACACCAGCUUCCAAGAGUGGAUUUCUAGGAUCUGGAAAACAUCCUCUGUCCUCAUCCCCUGAAUUAGUAAAGCCCACACGACCACUUUCAUCUGGCCCCCCACCAGUAGUUAGGAAAUUGUCUGGUGGCAAAUCUUCAAACACUUUUCCUAGACCAACACCGAAACCCCCUUCCUUCCCCAGAGCCAACUCCACCUUGACUUCAUCAGUGUCAAAACCUGCAGUUCAGAGCUCUGGGAUACCUCUGAACGGUGUGACAGGAGGACCAUUUACACAGCACAAUGGACAUCUUGGAUUUCAUUCCAAGGUACGAGGAAAAAGCCAUUCACUGGAAUCUUUACAGCGAAGGAUGGAUCCCGUCUGCUCUUCAACCUCCACUACUACAACUACGACUACAUGCACCUCGUCAGAGUCGGGCGCUUCUUCUUCCUACAGUUGGGAUGGUGCACGAGAUCACUGGGCUAGAGUCUCCAGUCCUCGAGCUCGCACUAUGGCCACUUUCAACUCCCUAAUGGGCCGCAGCCUCAGCCUCGGCGACCUGAGCCACUCUCCUCAGACGACACAGAAGGUGGAGCGCAUAGUAAAGGAGGUGAAGCGCAGAGGGCUGAAAGCUGUGUCUGAGAGAGACCGCAAGAUAGCAGCUUUGAUGCUUGCCCGAUAUCAAGAGGAAGACAUCAUGAGCCAGACCCGCUAUGUGGCUCACCUUCAGUGGGAUAGCGAGCGCAGGAUGGAGGAGCUGCGUCGCGAGCAGGAGGAGCGAGAGAAACAGCGUGCCGUGCUUCAGUGUCAGAGAGUGUGGCAGACACAGGUGUCGCUGCGUCAGCGAAGACUCAGCCAGCAGGAGCGACAAUCAGUAGCAGCCAAAAUGCGACAGGUCGAGGAGAGCGAGGAGCGAUGGAGGGAGCUUGCAGAACAGCAGGAGCGUAACCGCCUGUUAAAGUUACAGCAGGCAGCACGAGAGGAAAAGCACAAGAAGGCUCUUCAGGAGCAGAACCUGAAGGCUCUGGAGGAGGAGAGGGCUGCCAUGCUGGAGCAAGAGAGGCUGCUGCUGAAUGAGAAGCUCACCAUGGCUGAGCUGAAGAGGCAAGAGAAAGAGCACCAAGCCCAGGAGGAGAGGCGAGGUCUGAACAAAGCAGAGAAGAGACGUCACAUCGCCCUGAUACAGGAAAUCGCCCGUAGAGAGAGAGAGGAGAGGGAUGAGGCCAGAAGGGCAGCGGAGGAAAAGCUCAGCCGUUCCCUUGAAAACUACGAACAGAUAGUUGAACGUCGAGGGAAGGAGCUGAAAGAGAAGGCCAAGCGCGAGGAGAAGCAGAUCCAGAAAGCACGCAAGGCAGCAGAAAAGCGCGAGAGGCAACAGCAGCAGCUGCUGGAGGCUCGCGUAAAGGAAGCAGAGAAACGAGCCCAGCAGGCAGCUUUGGUGGCCGAGGAGAGGGCCAAAGAGAAAGCGCAGCGGGCAGUCCAGAGCCGACAGGAGAAGGAGAGACUCCAGAAGCUCAACAGGCAGCGCGUGGAGGAGGAGGAGAAGCAGAGGCGUCUGGAGCUGCUCCAGUCCAUCGAGAGGAAGCUGGAGAAGAGCGAGCAGAUCUUCAAGGAGAAGAAGGCAGUGUUAGAGAGCGCCCGAUCCGUGGCUAGAGCCUCUUUUCACGUGCGAGACAAAGUGCGGGAGGAGACCAACAUGCGUACCUUUGAUAAAAUGGCCCUGGAAGCUCAGCUCAAAGCUAGUCUUGAUGAGAAAUAACCAUAGCUUUGUUGUGGACUCCUUACUUCUGGUCAUGUGCUUGGCUCCUGCCUUCAUUAUGGCCCCAGUCACUCAACAGCUUUACCUUUCUACCCAUAAGCACCUGCAAUGUUAUUUUUUCCCUCACAUAUCUUUACCCAUCAGCUGAUUUUACUACAUUUUUCAUAAUUUUUAUUGUCAACGCAAACAAAAUAAUUUUGUAUCGUGGAUGUAAUGAGACUACAAACUAACAGUAACGCCUGUGAAACACAUGCAGUGGACUUCAUGAAAGACAUGAGAGUUUUAAGACAGCAGCAAACCCCUUCUCUGUCCUUCUCUUUGCCUUCUGCUCCAUCGAUCUCAGCUACUGGACUGAAAGCUCUGCUGGAAUGAAAAGAGUCAUUGUUUACCAGUAAGCACAACUCCAUGACAACUGCAGAGGCUUUUAAGGGAGCACUCACGUAAGAGAAGAACAAGCAUAAGAAAAAGAAAAGGCAGAUCGCAGAUGAUUCUGGACCCUCAGAGCAAUUGAGAGAUCCUUUUGUACAUGCACUGUGACACAGCAUGAAAAUAAAGCCCUGGGCUGAACACUUAACUGCUGACAAUGCAGCAGUGGAGGGUCAUGUGCACGAUACCCGUGCUGAUGAAGCAUCGGAGGACAUUGAACAAGAGGGAGGAGAAGCAGUGUGCAGUGCAUCAGUGUCAGGAUUCUCCUGGCCAUGCCGAUUACAGUAAAAUAGUGACGCACUCUGAAAAUGCCCUCUCUGCCCACUGAUCUGCUCCCACAGCCACCUGGUGACCACGUCAAGGUCAACAGGUGCUGGUGAUGAGCGUGAGCUGGUGAUGUAACCCACAAGCCUCCCGACAAAACUGUUCCUCCCACACUGAGCUUUAUCAAAGUGUAAAACAAAGCCUCUCCUGGUGGAAAUACAGUCUUAUCAGAUCUUAUUUUAUAGGUUUUUAUUCAGUUUGUACCCGUUAACAGUGCCAACUAUUGUGCUGCAGAGAAGAAGAACCUUCCGCCUUUUACCUGCAUCAAUGAAACAACGUGUGCAAGGUUCAAACACAGCUUUAUUAGCAUCAAGUCGUGUUUCGUCCAGUAUGUUUCCUUCUCAUCUUCCCCUUACAUGUGGGCUUUGUUUCUGUAUCACUUCUGGUGUUGAGUUAUUUAACAUUUGUACAUUAUCAUAAAAUGCUUCCUUUGAUGAAUUACAUUGAGUUGCAUUGUCAAGAAAGGAUUUUUUCAGAUGUAGCAAUAAUGAAAUGGUCGUGGAUGAUAUCGAACACAUCUGUCAGUUCAUCGUUUCCAUCAGUCCUCUAAACUGAAGGUCUGUGCAUACAAUCAAAAGUGGAAAAAUAAAAACAAACAUUUUUCAAGUUGGAUUUGCGUUGUCUGUGCCAUCUGCUUCAUUUAGUAACAAGCUUUUUUCAGGAAUACAAAAUGGUAAAAGUACUAGCAGUUACACAGAUACAUCUUUAACACAGAUAUUCAUUGGUAGAAGAAUCAGAAAAAUGUACUUCAAAUAUUAAACGGUAAGUGUAAUUUAUAUUUUGCAUCAUUUUUCUUUUGUCUUUUUUUUUUAACCUUUUUAAUACGGCAAGGUUUUUUAAUUACAUAUGGUUCCAAAACUAGUGGUCAUGUCCCUGCAGGGGGUGGAAAAAAUUAAUCUGACAGGUCCUGAGAAAACUAAUGGUGUGGGAAAGUCUAAGAAAUAAGUUCCUACUACAUUUUUUUUUUAAUUCUGAGCUUUGAACUCAGAGAUGUCAGACAAUUCUUUCUGUUUGAACCUAAAGCAGUUUUCUCGGUUAAAGUCUCAGUUGAACUCAGGUUAGGUCAUUGUCCUACUUUUUUUUCCCCCUCACAUGUGCCAUACAGACGAAGAUCACGUGUGGAUUAACAAUGAUGCUACCUUACUAUAGGGUGCAAGAAGCAGGACACAGGACAACAACACACUCCAUGUGGAUUCCCCUGAGUAUCACCCGCAGCUGCUCCCAGAUUGGUGCAAACUGCCACGAUCAGCGAUGACCCAGACUUUGUACUAAGGAGCUGGCGGGGUAAAGACCUUUUAAUGUAUGUUGUUCGUUAAAUGCUUUUCUUCUCACAUCCACCUCUUUGGGGAAGUGACUGAAGAAAGAUUCAGUGCUAUAGUGCAUUUGUGGAAAUUUACCUAUUUGACCUACAACUAAAAUUAAACAGCAGGUUUUCUAUAAGAGGCCCCAAACCAAAGACACAGGGAACCACUGAUUGGCAGUAAUUCGUUUUAAAAACUCGUGUUGUUAGUUUAAGCAUGAAAAGUAACUAGUUAAUACAUUGGUUUAAGUUUAGCUUUAAGAUACUCACAUGUGGCUUAAUCAGAUCUGAAAGCUUCAUGUGGUCAUUUUCAGUCAAACGGUUCCAGGAACUGUUGACCAUAAGGAACUAAACUCAGCAGCUAUUAGGAUGUUUCCACUGCAAGAAUUCGGAAAAUAUGGAUAUUCACACAUUCUCUACGUACUUUUUGACAUCUAUAAAGUGUAGACUGUUUGAAGAAACUAGUGUAGUGACCAUGAGUGA